UCACUCUCUCUCCUUCUCUCUCUCUCUCUCUCUCUCUCUCGACGUCGGAGCCAACACACCUCGCCCUCCUCCAGUCUGCCGCCCGCACUCCGCCCGCCGCCCGCAGACCAGCUCCAGCCCGCAGCUCUUCAGGGAAGCCACUACUGCACUUUGUCAGGAUGUCGCAAGAAGCCAAGAUGAAGGAAGCCGCCAAGGCGAAGGUGCAGGCAUCGACGGAUCCCCUCGAGAAGCUGAGGAACCACUGCCUCUCCCAAGGUUACUCCGGCAUUUUAUCCCUCGGGAGGCUGUUCCGUCGACUGGACAAGGACCGCUCAUGGACACUCUCGAAGGACGAGCUUAGCAAGGGCGUGGCUCAGUUCGGCCUCGACUUCUCCGAGGGCGACGUCACCAAGCUCUUCGCCGCUUUCGAGAAGGACGGGCAGUCGGGCAUCAACUACGAGGAGUUCCUGGAUGCCCUUAGGCCGACCAUGUCCGCCCCUCGCAAGGACGCGGUGGAGGCCGUCUUCAAGCACCUGGACAAGACUGGCGACGGCGUGGUGACUCUGGCGGACCUGAAGGGCGUGUACUCGGCCAAGAACCACCCUAAAGUCCUCAAGAAGGAGGCCACUGAGGAGGAGCUGCUCACCAAGUUCCUCAACAUGUUCGAGAGUAACACCUCUGUUGAUGGGAAGGUAACCAAGAAGGAGUUCACCGACUACUAUUCAGGGCUCAGCAAGGCUAUUGAUGACGAUGACUACUUCGUCUCAGUCGUCAAGAUGAGCUGGGGCCUGUAAGCACAUCGCGGGCCUGUGAAGUCAUCUACAGUGCCUUUAGUUGUGUCGGAAAGUGCAGGGGGGGGCGGGGGCGGAUAGAGAGAGAGAAACAUCUGUAAGACAUGUAUUGGUAUCUAUUGUAUCUUAAAUCAUGUCAGAGAGAGAGAGAGAGAGAGAGAGAGAGAGAGAGAGAGAGAGAGAGAGAGAGAGAGAGAGAGAGAGAGAGAGAGAGAGAGA